UCUCUCCUCCAACUUAGGGUUUGGUUGAUCUCCAGGUCUCAUAAGAACAGAGCUUGGCAAUGUCUUUAACCACAAUACAACAUCCUCCUUCAGUCCUUAAUGUCCUCGUAUUUCAAGAAUAACACGUUCUGAGGUCUCUUCAAGCUCUCUUUCCAGUAUGGUGAAAAUCAACGUGGAUGCAGCUUGGAAAGCUACUUCUUCCCAUUCGGGAAUAGGAGCGUGCGUGAGAAAUUACCUCGGUGCCUCAAUUGCAGGGAGAUGUUCUUUGGGGAGUUUUAAUUCUGCAUUGGAGGCAGAGGCUGAGGUUGUAGUGAAUGGGGUUAAUCUGGCUGCAAGUUUAAGUUUGAAGAAGGUUAUUGUGGAAGGGGAUUGCCGUGACGUGAUGCUUGCUAUGUCAGAAGAAGUUCAAUCUGCAAAUUGGAAGAUUCAACCUAUGGUGAGGAAAGUUCAAUCUCUUCUCCAUCUCUUUGAUCAAAUCGAGUGGAACUGGGUUCCGCGGGAUGCAAACCAUCUAGCAGACGCUGCUGCGAAGAUGGCAAUGUCGGAGUUGUGCUCUUUAGAUUGGGACUCGUGUCCCCCAACUUCGCUUUCUGGAAUUUUGAGAGCUGAUGGCCUCCCUGGCCCCCCUUGAGCUUCAUUUUCCUCUCUGACUCAGCUUUUGGGUGCUGGGAUUUUGUUCCUU